AUGCCUUUUCAGUUUAUACUCCCUACUACAAAACGCUUCUUUUUCUCAUCGAGUAUCGCCUGCGAGUCACACCCCUCCCUACCUCUUAAUGCGAGCACGCAUCGUGGGGUUUUAGGCGACUCUUUGAAGAAGCAUAAACAAUUACCAGCUGCCUCUCAGGCACCAAAUCUACCUUCAGUAAUCUCUAAUUUAAAUAACUAUCUUCCAUAUCUCCUUGCUAUCGACGCUGGUUUGAGUAACAAGUCGGUUUUUGGUGAGCAGCUCAGUGUGGUUUUGACGUCUACCCCUGCUAUAAAAUGGCGGCCUACUUUAUCCGACUAUGCUAUACCCGGGAAAGAAAUAUCUAGGGUUAAAGUACAGUCCUUAGAAUAUGAAUUAUUCUUCACUCUUUCGACCUUAGGUUAUACUAAUACUUUACUUGCCCGCUAUACCCUACAUCCACUCUAUAUUACCUCAGGUCCGCUUCUCGGUCCGCAGGAGCGUACUAAGAUAAUUACUACGGCUACAAAAUAUCUACUGGAUGCAGCCUCGGCGCAUGACUAUGUUGCUCGUCGAGCCGAGAGUCUUACCACCAUCCCCCCUUGUCCUGAUAUAUCCCAGUCCACCGCCCGCGCUAUGUCUUUACUUGCCCUAGCUGAGGCCACCUUACUUGCAGUCCUUAAGGAUGAUCCAUAUCCAGCUGCUGUUGCUCAAGACCGCAACGAAAAUGACCGAGAGUGGAUGUAUAAGGCGCCUGAGAUACCCAAAGUUCGGGCUCACUUAUUUGCUCGGCUCUGUCUUGCGGCUGCGGAUCAUGCAGCUCAAGCAUCUUCCUUAUGCAAGUCACCCGGAAGAGGAUCCUCAAAACUUAACGAAGGAUUGCUACGAUAUCUAGAGGACUUCCGGAGGACGAGCCGCGCAAAGGCAUGCCGAUUUUUUGCUAUCGAUGCUGAGCUGUCAGGUCAAACCGGCAGCGCACUGGGCUGGCUGCGGUGCGGCUUUCAAGAACUUGGCAUCGAGUAUAAGGAGACCAAAAAGGGCCUAAGCCUCAGCCGCAUGAAGAAGGAUUGGACUGAGAGGAGGGAAGACAAGAAAAUCGAAAGGGGUACUAACUGGGGCACGGACGCUGGGAAACUAGAGGAGACGCGCGUGAUCGAGAUGCUGGAUGCGAAAUGGACCAAAAUCAACGAUACCAUGCUCACGCAGGCUAUCCCGUCGCCGGGGACAUUGUUAGCCAGUCUUCCCUCCGGAAGGGAUAUGCACACAAUCAAACCAUACCAACCCCCGGAGCUCGAGAGAGAGUCUCUAGAAAGUAUGCGUGCACCGCCGGACGGGCCGGACAACUACCAAGGCGUCGAGCUUAGUUCGGAUGACGAGGAGGGGACUGCCCUCGCGUCACCGGUCGGCGCAUUCCCGGGCACUCAUGAAGAUUACCGGAGUGCGAGUACGAGGUCGUACUACUAG